AAAUACUAGGUUAUUUCUUCCUGUACGGUGCCCUAGUGGCCCAUAAUAAAGCAGUGGAGGUGAGAGGGAAGCAGGCUCUGUGCACAUGAGCAGUUUGCAGGUGACAGUCAGUUAAAGGGCAGCAGCAUGGGGACAAUGCUGAGAGCAGUGCUGCGGGCUCCAAUGAGGAGGAUCCUGGCAUCUGCUACAGGUGUCAGACUGCAGUUUUACCAAACUGACUAUGCAGCUGAAGAGGAGCAGCAAGAAGAAUAUGGUAAAUUUCCUGGCACUGAAGAACAAGCACCUUAUUCCUUGUAUCCCACCCACAUACCCACCACCCCCCUACAGAAAGUCCUUCUAUCUGCUGGAUCUGCUGUGAUGUCACUAUAUGACCCCUACAGACACGAUAUGGUUGCUGUCCUUGGCGAGACAACAGGUGCACAUGCCUUAGAAAAUCUUCGGGACAAGAUGAGAAAUGACCCAGAGGGUUUCCAGAUAUUGCAGGAGAGACCGCGUAUCCGCAUAUCUACCCUAGACGUUCAGCGUUUAAGAGAAAUGCCAGAUGGGACAUUUGGACGAGAGUAUGUUCGCUUUUUAGAUGUUAAUCGCGUUACUCCUGACACUCGCAUGCCAGUGAAGUUUGUGGAUGAUGAAGAGCUGGCGUAUGUAGCACAAAGAUACCGCGAGGUCCAUGAUCUUCUGCACACGUUGCUUGGGAUGCCAACAAACAUGCUGGGCGAAGUGGUCGUCAAAUGGUUUGAGGCCGUGCAGACAGGACUUCCCAUGUGUAUCCUGGGAGCUAUGUUUGGGCCUCUUCGCCUUAAUUCUAGGAGACUGAACAUCCUGACCGAGCUUGUUCCUUGGGCAGUGCAGAAUGGGCGCAAUGCACGCUGCGUUCUUAACUUUUACUACGAGAAGAGAUGGGAGCAGACUGUGGAAUCACUGAGAGAGGAAAUGGGAAUCAGUCCUCCACCGCAUGUCAAGGCUUAAUUCUAAUAAUAGGACUAUACCCACUGAAUAGCUCAGCACCUGCCAUCUGCAAAAAUGUGUCCAAGGGAGAAAAAUGCACUUCCCAAGAAUACAUUGUAAAGAAGAACUUUCUAGUUUGUUUUUUUGAAUUACUGAGGAUGUCAUAAGCGACAUGUACUGUACUAACAAAAUGCCAUAUCUAAGUGAAAUAGAAUUAAGAAUUUACAUAUGUUGACCUUUUUAUUCGGCCAGAAAAAAAACCAAUGCUGAAUAAAAACCUGGCGGUAUCAGUUAUGCACCUCUAACCAAUCCUAAUUGGAUGAUAGGUACUUCUGCUAUAGUUUAUUGGAUGAUAGGUACGGUUAACAAUUGUACCCAUCAGCUGAUGAGCGUAAUUAGGAUGUGUACAACAGAUGCUGUAUUAGUGUUAAUUUAAAUGUAAUCAGCUUUUUACGAAAGAAAAUAAAUUAUUUUCAUUUGGCAGACAGAACAUUUCAGAGUCUUAGUGAGGAUUUUUUGGAGUUCUGGAUUCUGAAGAUAAUUUUAAGGUUCUAAAACAGUUUCUUUGCAGGAAGAGUUUGGAAAUCACUGUGUUAAAGGGAUAUUCCAGCACAAGCUAUACGGAGUCAGAAUAAUUUGCUAAGCAAGUUAGCAAUAAAGUUGGUUUAAACAAAUUAAAUAAGAAAAGUCUGCUUAUCCUUUUCCUUUAAACACAAAGAUUAGAGCAUUCUAAAAUACUCAUUGGGAGUCACCAGUUGCUUAGAAUGCUCUGAGAUUGGCACUUCUGUGCUUUAGUACUGAUUUUAGCGUUGUUAUAGUUCCAUUAAAAACUGUAGAUAUGUAUUACCAACAAAUUAAUACUAAAAAGACAAUGUAACACAAUCUAAAUUUCAAACAAGCAGUAGAAUGUUUCAUUUCCCUAUCCUCUAUAUCACGUGACAGCUGUCAGCCAAUCACACAAAUGACUGCACAAUUUGAUAAUAGAACCAAAUUGAAAAGUUAAGGUUUAUUUUGACUUUCAUAUACCUUUAAAGGGAUAGUAAACACCAAAAAUGUUAUUGUUUAAAAAGAUAGAUAAGCCCUUUAUUUACCAUUCCUCAGGUUUGCAUAAACAACACUGUUAUAGAAAUAUACUUUUUACCUCUGUAAUUACCUUGGAUCUAAAAGCUUCUGCAGACUACCUCCUUAUCUCAGAUCUUUUGACAGACUUGCAUUUCAAGCAAUUAGUGCGUGCGUGAGCACAAAUGUUAUCUAUAUGAAACACAUGAACUAACGCCCUCUAGCUGUGAAACACUGUCAAAUGCAGAGGCGGCCUUCAAGGACAUAGAAAUUAGCAUAUGAGCCUACCUAGGUUUAGCUUUCAACUAAGAAUAACAAGAGAACAAAGUAAAUUUGAUGAUACAAGUAAAUUAGAAAGUGGUUUCAAAUUGCAUGCCCUAUCUGAAUCAUGAAAGUUUAUUUUGGACUUUACUAUUCCCUUUUAACGCCGUUCUAUUCCGUCAUAAUUACACUGGGCUUUAAAGCCGUUAUGACGGAAUAGAACGUCAUAGCUAAUGGCUGUCCUGAAGCCUUCUGUGCUUCCAGGAUUUGAUUGCGGUCUGGAGAGCGUUCCUAGGGUUGUAGGGACGCCCCCCAGACGCGAUCCAAUAAUUGAAAUUUCGCGAUCAUGUGCACGAUCGCGUGGUUUCAAUUUGUCUACAGUGGAACAGUUGUUCCGAUGUAGGCACUUUAGCCCUGUCACAAAAGGGUAAAAAAAAAAAGGCUAAGCAGACAUUGCAAACUAAAAAAGUAAGAAAACCGUUUACAAAUUUUGUACUGGAAUGCACUUUUAAACAUAAAUUCUUCUACAGAACCUGGAAAAUUUUUCACUUUGCACUUAAAUAAGAGCCAUAUAGGAUAAUGACUGUGCCUUAAAUAUGUGUGAUAUGUGACAGUAAAUGUUAUGAUUAUUCAUUUUUAUUCUAAUAGUUUGUUGGUAUUUAGGGUAAAACUAGACAGUAAGGUCUAAAUUCUAUUGCACUUUUAAAACUUUGAUACACAUUAGAAACAAUAUAAAUCGUUAUAAAAGUCUAGCCAACCCCAAAGCAAUAGAAUCUAUGCCUGUUUACAAUUCACCAGCAAAUACAACACAAAGCUGAAAUGUAUAAUACUAAAUAUAUUUUUAAAAAUAUGUAUAUGUAUUUAAAAAAAAUCAAUAUAUAUUACAUUGAUAUUUUAAUUAUUGUCAAGCGCUGCUGUUAUAUAGUUUGAAAACAAAUAAAAUAUAUUUUUUAGCACAUACCAA